AUGCGAGAUGAAAUCGCCGUUGAACGUCAUCUACGACACGGUGGAGAAGUGUUUCUCGGAACACACGACCGUUUAAAGAUCGGUGGACUUGGUUUCCUCAUCAAUCCGGGUGUGGCUGUGGACGUCGACCACCUGCUGACCCUGCAAAAAAAAGCGAAGAAUCCAAGAACUAUGUACAAGAAAGUAGCAAUGAGAAAAACAUCGGAGAAGGAGGAUCGUGGAAUGUUAGCCGAAAUGGGAAGUUACGAGCUUGCGACAGAGAAAUUCCCCCCAUAG